AUGUCCAACAGAAAUGGAACUAGAACGGCGCUGCGGAAAUGUCCCGUCUCGCACCACACCACCGACCAGGAAGAUUUCGAGCAUGAUUUCACCACUAAAGGCCGUAUUGGCAACCUCGAUUGUCCUUUCGCACGAAUGGCUCAGACAAAUGGCCUGCCAGAUACACCUGAGAGCAAUGAUCCCAUCGCUGCCGAAUUUCACCAAGACCAAGUCUCCAUUAAUUCUCCCACCACAGCCAGUGGGCCGGCGGGCAGAUGUCCAAUACGAUUUUUGGACAAGCACUCACCCGAGGAAAUCGCCAAGUACUUCGAAAAUCACAAACAUGAACUACCUAGAAGUCAUCAAGUGUGCGUCUCAAGGUAUCAACGUAACGAAGCCGGUGCGAAAGAGCUGGAUGCCAAGUAUGGUAGCAUGGUGAACAUGAUCCAGGGGCUUGGCGUCAAGCAUAAGCAGUACCUGCCUGAAGCUGAAGGUCCGGUCAAGCAAGAAGCCAGCUCCACUGACCACGUUGAGAAGUGGGCAGAAAACGUGAGCGAUGCGAGCCUCGCUCCUAAGAAAGACGAAGGGGACGAUCAGCGCCUGUCGCACUUUGAUAGACCUCUUCGUGAGGUCCGAGUGGGUGAGUCUCCAAGCCGACCAUGGGGCAUUUCUGUACCUGUCGCCAAGGAUAUUCCUGCUAGUGCCAUGGGUUCCGAGGCCAGUGCACAGCAACAUGCACCAACCGGUCUCACGUCGCCUGCGGCGGUCCCUGCUGGUCACCAGACAUCAAACAGCAAUAACAGACAAGGACCGACCCAGGAGGCCGGCAAGACAGCGGAGCAGACACAGAAACCCUCUGCAGACCAGACCGCCCCUACUACCACUGCACCGCCGACUCAAAUCAUCUUCAAUGGUCCAGUAUUCUUCGGUUACUCACCAAACGAUGCAGCCGCUUUCCUCCAACUCUUGAACAACGGCGGUGGCAAACCUAAUGGAUCAUGA